AUGCAUCGACGGGCACUGGAAGCACGAGAGAAGGUGCUUGGACGCGAGCAUCCCGACACGCUCACCAGUGUCAGUAACCUUGGCCGUGUGCUUGAGAGCCAAGGGAAAUAUGAAGAGGCGGAAGCGAUGCAUCGACGAGAUCUAGAAGGCAGUGAGAAGGUGCUUGGACGCGAGCAUCCCGACACGCUCACCAGUGUCAGUAACCUUGGCCGUGUGCUUGACAGCCAAGGGAAAUAUGAAGAGGCGGAAGCGAUGCAUCAACGGGCGUUGGAAGCACAAGACAAAAAUUUAGGCUUGAUCACUCUGGAACAGUAA